CUAUUUGUUUAUUAGCGAGUGGCGGAUGGAGUACCCACCGAAGAUCAAAAAUCGCUUUCCUUCCCCUUCCUCCCCUCCCCUUCUUCCCUUUCCCUUGGUGACGUUUUGUCAAACCAGAAAUUAAUUAAAAAAGAAGGCCCAUGGGGUCCUUGACGUUUUGUGGGAUGUGGUCGAAAUUUUGCAGAGGACCCAUUUGCAGAGGAGGAUCAAAACAAAUUUGUUGAACUCAUCACACGCUUCCCCCUUCUGGGUUUGAUCCUUUUCCCUUCACUUUCUCUUCUUCUUCUUCUUCUUCUUCUUCUUCUUCUUCUUCUCCUCCUCCUCCUCCUCCUCCUCUUUUAUGACCAACAACUGCUUUUGAAUCAAUUUAUCCCCCCCCUUUCAGCCUGGAAUUGAGUGGAAUUCAAGAAAGUUUCAACUAUGUUCAGGGGGAAAGUUGGGGUAUGGAUAUGCUGAGGAGAAUAUUUUUUGUCAUUUUUUCUCUCUUUUGGUGAUUAUGCAUUGGUGGGUUCCCAACUUCUAUCUGAUCUAACAUUUUUCCGAUCCAACAGUCUCUGCUCCUUCUUUCCCUUUUUCAGGAAAAAGUAUAGUAGCUAAACAAUCCAAUAGUGAAGUUUCUAGUAUGGGUUGGUGGACUAAGCUUUUCAAAGGCCACAAAAGCUCAUACAGGGAAAGAUAUGGAGACGAUAGAAUUUGGGAUGAACCUCGAACCUCGGUGGAUGAAUUGACAGAACAUGAACGAGAGGAGAUUGAUUAUGCAAUUGCACUAUCACUUUUGGAAGAAGAUCAUAAAGGGAAAGCGUUGACAGAAGAAGAAGCUCACAGUGAUGAAGAUGAACACAGUACCAAAGCUGAAUCAGAGGAUGAUGAACAAAGUACGAAAGGCGAGUCAGACGAUGACGAUCAAAUUACUAAGUCUCAAUUGGAGGAGGACGAGCGACUUGCUAAAGCUCAAAUGGAGGAAGAUGAUCGACUUGCCAAAGCUCAAAUGGAAGAAGACGAGCGACUUGCUAAAGCUCAAAUGGAGGAAGAUGAGAGAGCUGCCAAAGCUCAAUUGGAGGAAGACGAGCAGGUUGCUAGCACUCUAGUGGAGGAUGAUGAGAAGGUUUCCACAUAUCAAGCUGAAGAAGAUGAACAGUUAGCUAGAGCUCUCCAAGAAAGUCUAAAUAUGGAGCCACCACCUCCUAGAUUUGAUAGUGGAAAUAUUUUCAAUCAUUAUCCUUUCUUCUAUCCAUCAGGAUACAGGGUCUGUGCUGGUUGCCAUACUGAGAUUGGUCACGGGCGGUUUCUAAGUUGCAUGGGAGCUGUUUGGCAUCCAGAAUGUUUUCGCUGCAAUACUUGCAAUGAACCCAUAACUGAUCAUGAGUUCUCGAUGUCCGGGAACCGACCUUAUCACAAAUCCUGCUUUAAGGAACAACAUCAUCCAAGAUGUGACGUUUGCAGCAACUUUAUUCCUACUAAUUCUUCUGGUCUUAUAGAGUAUAGAAAACAUCCUUUCUGGUCACAACAAUAUUGUCCUUCACACGAAAAAGAUGGAACUCCGAGAUGUUGUAGCUGCGAAAGAAUGGAGCCAAGGGACACUAGCUACUUGUUACUUGAUGAUGGUCGGAAGCUCUGUUUAGAGUGUUUGGACUCUGCAAUCAUGGAUACUCAUGAGUGUCAACCUCUAUACCUCGAAAUUCAAGAAUUCUAUGAGGGUCUGAAUAUGAAAGUGGAACAACAAGUUCCCAUGUUGUUGGUUGAGAGGCAAGCGCUAAACGAGGCCAUGGUCGGAGAAAAGAAUGGUCAUCAUCACUUGCCCGAAACUAGAGGACUAUGCUUAUCAGAAGAGCAGACUGUUGCUACUAUCUCCAAGAGGCCGAAGAUUGGAGCAGGUUACCGCAUAAUAGACAUGUUUACCGAACCUUAUAGAUUAGUUCGUCGUUGCGAAGUUACUGCUAUUCUCGUUUUGUAUGGCCUUCCUCGGUUAUUGACAGGAUCUAUUCUGGCUCACGAGAUGAUGCAUGCAUGGCUCAGGCUUAAAGGCUAUCCCAAUUUGAAACCCGAGGUCGAAGAAGGCAUAUGCCAAGUAUUGGCUCACAUGUGGUUGGAUUCCGAGAUGUAUUCCAUCCCGGGAAGUGGUGUUGCCUCGACAUCUUCGUCUUCGUCCUCAUCUUCAUCGUCAUCACCUUCAUCAUCAUCUUCUUCGUCUUCGACGUCUUCAAAGAAAGGUAAACGGUCGGACUUCGAGAAGAAACUCGGGGACUUUUUCAAACACCAGAUCGAGUCGGAUACAUCAUCGGCAUAUGGAGAUGGAUUCAGGGAAGGAAACCAGGCCGUUUCCAAGUAUGGUCUAAAGAGGACACUCGAUCACAUUCGGCUGACUGGAACCUUUCCAUAGGGUAACAUUCGAUUAAACUCUUAGCUUUUUUAUAUAAUCCGAGUUCAUACAAAAACACAUUAUAGUACAUAAUUAGAAAGAAUAAGAAGAAGAAGAAGAAGAAUAAGCAUUGAAAGAAGUGUGUAAUUAUUGUGAAGUUGUGUUUGAAAAGUGUAGCAUAAAUGUAACUGUCUUAUUUGUAUGGCAUUUACAAACAACGUAUGAGGGUGAAUACAAAGUUUUGUUGUUAUUAAUUCAUAAAAAUUAUUAUGGGUGGGUG